CUACUAGCACGUGUGACGCUGUGAAUUGUUGUUUUUAGCCAAAUUUCACGUUUUUGGACCACAAAGGAGCAAGGAUGCGGGACAACACGCCGCCGCACCGGCCGGACUUCGACGAUGGCGAGGACGAGCUGCAGGAGAUAAUUGAGCUGGAGGAGCAGCCGCUCGACGAGGACGACGACGACCUGGAGGAGGUGACUUUGGAGCAGCUGGAGGCGCGACUGGCGAUGGCCGGUGGCGGAGACGAUGACGACGAGGAGGAGGAUGAGGAGGAGCUGCGCGACCGGGAGCGGAUAGCCAACAUCAGGGACGAGGCGGCGGUCACGUUCAAGGAGCACACGGCUCCCGUCUUCGCCUGCAGCCUGCAUCCCGCCUACAAUUGGGCGGUGACGGGCAGCGAGGACGACCGCGCCUACGUUUGGGACACCAGCACGGCGGAGGUGCUCUACGAGAUCGCCGACCACAAGGACACCGUCACGGAAACGCACUUCAGCCACGACGGCGUCUACUUGGCCACCGGCGACCUGUCCGGCGAACUGUUCGCCUUCAAGGUCAGCGAACAGCGCGAGGAGCGACCAAUUCUGGCGAAGAUUUGGGAGUACUCCAUGAGCGACAUGUCCUGGCUCUUCUGGCAUAGGGCUGCGCACAUCCUGCUGGCGGGCAGCGACAGCGGCGAGGUCUUUGUGUGGCGCAUUCCCAGCGGAGAUUGCAAGAUCCUGCCGGGUCAGUCGUCGCGCUGCGAAUCCGGAGAACUCAGUGGCGACGGCAAGAAGCUGUUCACCGCCUACAUGAACGGAUCCGUGAAGCUGUGGGAUCUGAAGAGCUGCCAGGUGCUCAUGGAGGUCAACGAACAGCAUCCCAUGGGCUUCGGCGAGAUCACACACGCAGUGGUGGCCUGCGAGAGGGAGUCGCCCUUCUACGUUUGCGCUGAGGCGUCAGGCAAAAUGCUGUUUUGCACCAACAACGGACCGGUUAGCACAAUUCAGUCGGAACACGGCAUUGAGUGCCUGGCCUUUGCUCCUGCUUCGGCGGAUCUCAAGCUUUUUGCCUGCGGAUCACUGGACGGCCGAAUUUCCAUCUGGGAUUAUGCCAAAUCCUCGCUGCGAACGAUAUGCGAGAACCCUGUGCCUAACGAUGGUGUCAUAAGGAUCAAAUGGCUGAACGAAAACACAAUACUGGCGGCCACUUCGCAGGGAAAUCUAAAUGCAUUUGACGCUCGCACGGGAUCGCUAAAAUUCACGCUGACGGGACACUUUUAUCACAUCUACGAGUUUGUCUACAAGGCGCAGGAAAAUCUACUGCUGACUGUUUCCGAAGACAAUACGGCCAAGAUAUUUAAAGUGCCGGCGCUGGGCGAUUAGUUAGAAUUUAAAAAUGUUGUACCGUGCUGUAUAUGUAAAUAGUAAAUACAUAUAAAAAAUUACGCUUAUUUGUUCAACUCGGCAGCCAGGAGCAAUGAACCCAUGGGCGGUCCUGUUUCACUUGUCCUAUAUAUAUAGAAAAUACUGGAGAGAGGCAAAAGCUGACUAAAGAUAGAACA